GUUGCUGGGAAGAAGAGAUAGACAAUUGCGAGAGAGCGAGCGAGGAAAAGAGAGCGACAAAGUCCAAGUUGGGCGUCGAGUCAAGGCGCCAACCGGUUCCCCUCCCUUGUACUUGAGUACUUGUGCUGCUGCUCUCGCGCGCACAACUCUCCUACUCCUCCUCCUCAGACUCUUCAGAAUCCUCCCGCCAACUCUCCUUUUUGCAGCGCUUGUUUCGUAUUUUGCUCUGGUCAUCUUUCAGGUCUUGCUCGGCAUCAGCAUUCCCCUUCUUCCGUUGUUUCUAAAUCCGUGGCCUGGGCCCGACCGCAGUUCAACCAUAUCAUCAUCAUCACCAUCCUCCUCCUCACAGGGCAGGCCCCACUCCCAGAUUGCGAGUCCUCUACCGGCACCGAGAUCGACAGCAGUAUAAUCUACGUUCUCCUCAAGAACCGCAAGUCCUCCUGAAGCCAUGAGUGCCUCUGGCCAACAUGGGAGGCCCGACGGCGAGAUGUUCCUCAAUCGCCCCAAUGACCGCGACUCCCCCACCAUUGUCGAGCCAUUGCGCAUUAAUAAAAGAACCUCAAGCGCCUCAUCAGGUGUACCCUCCAUUGCAGGCAAGCAAAGCCCUGCUCCCCAGCCGCCUCCUCAGUCUACGACCGUCUACCCCAUGCCGUCCCUCCCAUACCCGGACGAGCAGGCUCGCCAGCAAGCACAAGCCUCCCGAUCCAAUGGCUCUCCUGCGCCAUAUCCAUACCCGGAUGUGAGAAGAGUAACGUCUCCUGAACAGAGCGUGAGUGCAGGCAGCGGGACAAGACAACAGGCAAAGAGGACGACUUCAGGAGAUGGGCGUCCCGGGCAGACACUUGCUGAACGCCGUGGGACGGCACCAAAGCCUUUACCAGAGUCCCCGGGCCCGGAUGCGCCAGAUAAAGAAGGACUGUUCCAGCGCCCUCCUCAGCGUAGAGACGCUCCGAAUACGGCUCCCCUCCCGAGCCAGAAUGAGUCUCGUCAGCAGUAUUGGCCGCCGCCCUCCGAGUCUUCGUCUGCUGCCGCGGAUGCUUUGAGCAGAUUGAAGAUCAGGGACCCUACUUCGAUCAACCGAAUCAGUUCCACGGCUUCAACUUCCACCACCAGAGCACAGCGAGGAUCACCUCCUCCGCCAGAAACGCCUAUUGUUGGCCCGGGGGCUCGUCCGCAGACCGACAUCGAAGCCCGAUAUGCGGCAUCUGGCAUUGCGGGCACCGCAACGCUGAACAGCUUACAAGCCCAAAGCCUAGCGGCCCAGCAAAGAGCCUCCCAGUACAGCGCGCAGCCUCCACCCGCCCAAACACAGAGCAACGCUCCCCCGAGGCGACCUUGGACUCCCACCGAAGCCCCAGGUAGCUCGCAACACCCUGCUCCCACUGUGUAUCAAGGCAUGGAAGAAGCCCGCCCUUCAUCACCACCUGCUGCCGCCGUACCCACGCCUCGCUCAGCCACCGUUCAGUCUCCAACUCGGGCCCAGCACCCUGUCGAAACCGAGAUAUCCAGGCUCCAGCCGCAUGAGGAGCCACCUCCGGCAUACUCUCAGGUUCCUGGUGGCAGAACAUUGGCUGGGAAUGAGAAACAGAGAAGAAGUGUGGUCGGUGCCGCUGUGGCGCCAGCGACUUCAUCAGGAGUCGCGGCCGCAGUCGCUCAACAACCGGCCAGUUUCAUGCCAGGGACACAGGUUCCCAACCAAAUGGACCAUCCGGCGUUUGCGAACGACCCUAGGCAAGCGGUCCAGAGUCCACUGGCCCAUCCGACCAUGAACGGACAGAUACCGCAGGCUCAGCCCGUCAUGCCCCAGACGCCAUCCCAAAUUCCUCCCGCAUCUCCACCGCCGCUCCCAGAGGGCUGGAUAGCGCACUUGGACCCGAACUCGGGACAGUACUACUAUAUCCAUUUACCUACACAAUCCACUCAAUGGGAGUUCCCCAAAGGCCCGACCCCCCUCAACUUGAACGAAACCCCAUUGUCGCCGGUGGCCAGUAUAUACCAGAACCCACUAGCUUCACCUGGCUUAUCUUUCACUUCCAAACCGCUGGCGUCGCCGGGUCUUCCCAUGACUCCCGGAUAUGAUCAGCAAAGUGUUAUGGGUUUGCCCGGCCCAGCGGCCUUCACAGGUCCGCCUCCUAGCGCCGGCGUGGACCUGUACAAGGUGGUGGCUACGAAUGGUGUAUACUUUGGCCCUUAUCUGCGCUACGUCAAUAUGGAUAUAGAGCGAGGCAUUUGGUAUGGAUCUAUAAUGCUAGUCACGGACGCACCUCAGCCACCAACAAUACACAUCCAUCAGAGCGUCGACCUGUCUCCCAAUCCGCGCCAGUUAAAAGCCAACAAUAUCUCCUCUCAUCAGCGGUGGACAUUUUACAAGUACGACGUUGAUCUGCGUAUGGAAGAUUCUGGGGCGGCGAAGUGGACAUAUGCCAUCACUUCCCAUCUUGGUUGCACGAGAUACGAGUUUUUGGUGGCUGGCAAACACGAGACCAAUUGGCGCUUCGUUUGCACUUCCGCAAAUGACUUUUCGCUCAACGUAAGCGCCAACGAGCGCGCCAGACUGGGCGGAGUGGGUUUCAUGUGGAAGGACAUCAUGCAGAAACACGCCGAAUGUGGCGGGUUCCAUUGCCAGCUCGGCUUGGGCAGUCAGAUCAACGCCGACAGGCUGUGGAAGGAAAUCCCAUCGCUCAAACAGUGGCUGUCGACGAGCGGCAAAGAAAACCGAAAGAAUGCUGUCUGGACAGCUGCGCAUGAGGAAGACGUGACACAUGCAUAUUUUCAUUACUACACGAGUCAUUUUGAUCAGCCAUAUUUGCGUGAAGCUUUUGCCCAGAUACCCCAUAUCCUGACGAUUGACGAUCAUGACAUAUUUGACGGUUUUGGUUCUUACCCCGAAUACAUGCAAUUCAGCAACAUGUUCAAGAACAUUGGACGGAUCGGCAUUGAGAUGUACCUGCUGUUCCAGCAUCACACCACCCUAGAACUUCUUCGCAACGUGUCCGACGACAGAGAUCUAUUUACCAUUACAGGGACGGGAUGGCAUUUUGUCAAAUACCUUGGACCGGCGGUCGCCGUCGUCGGUCCCGAUACUCGAAGCGAACGGACGCUCCAUCAAGUCAUGGCAGGCCCAACCUACCAGGGGCUGUUCCCUAAGAUUGCAUUGCUCCCUCCGACCAUUCAACACUGUCUCCUGAUGAUUCCGGUCCCCCUGAUCUAUCCCAGGCUGGAUGCUGCAGAAUCGAUAGCACAGACCGUGGCUACCGGCAAGAAAGCGGUGACGGGCGCCUACAACGUGCUCGGCAAAGUGACAAGCUCCGUGGCGGGCGUGGUCGGAGCGAAAGGGGCGGUCGGGUCGGGCUUUGACUCGGUGAAACGUGCUGUCGGCAAAUCCGGGCUAAUGGGAGGUAUUCUGAGCCCCUUUGGCGACAUUGACGUUCUCGACGAGCUCAAGGACCAAUGGACCCACGAUUCAAAGGAUCUGGAGCGGACGUACUUUAUCCGCACACUCCAGGGCAUCUCGCAUCAGCGAUCGAUUCGCAUGACAUUUGUGUCGGGAGCGGUCAACACGUGUGGCGCAGGACUCGUCCAUGAUCCAUCUCACCCAUCAGAUCACAAGACCAUGUACCAGAUCAUCUCAUCGCCGGUCGUGAACACCCCCCCUCACGGCUAUGUCAUGAAACUGCUCAACAACAACAAACCCCUCUACAUCCCGGCGAAUGGGCAGCGGUCAACCCCAUCACAGCCGACCGACACGAAAGAAGACAUGAUGGAGAUCUUCACGCACGACGUGACAGGACAACCCAUCAACAACCGGAAGCUGAUGGCGCGGCGAAACUAUGUGGCGAUUGUGGUGUACGAUCCUGAAGUUGUCAACGGCACGUUUGGCCAGACGGACAUGCACCGAGGAUCUGGCAAGCUGAGUCUGGCGGCCGACUUUUUGGUGCAGGGAGAAGGCGCAUAUGGAAGCGUGGUCAAAUACGGGCCUGUGGUGGUGCCGAGCCUGGAGUAUGGGCGUUGAGCUGUGAUAGAAGGGAGUAAUGAUGCAUGGCAAGCGAUUGUGAUCUUGCAGUAACGAAGAGAUGGACUAUGGCCCUUUGCUAAGCUAUCUGGACAUGAAGCCAUUGCAGUGAUGUGUUUUGAGCGUAUUCACGUCGGUUCUCCAAGUUGACUCUGAUUAUAUGCUGUCCCAAUAUACACAUGGAGUGUAUGUGUCGGUAUCCUACCCGCUAAGGUAGUUAUACUCCCUCCACGCACGUGCGCAUGUAC